ACAGCUCCUGUUCCGGUAGGCUUUGCAAUAAUGAAGAAAAUGGCAGUUUGAGACAUAGGAAGACAGAGGUGAAUCCGAGAUAGAGAAGAGAGGAAAAUACGCGAAUUAAUUGAAGUAAAAGCAACGGAUUAUAACAGUCUGAAGUAGGACCUCACCUUUGCCCUGGCUGCAAUGGAGAACUCGGACAGUGCGGAACAAGGAGGAAGCGAGCAGUCGGAAGCUCAACGUCAGCGGCAGAGAGACCGGCUCAACAGGGAAGAGGCUUUCUACCAGUUUGUGAACAACCUGAGUGAGGAGGACUACCGGCUGAUGAGAGACAAUAACCUGUUGGGAACCCCUGGUGAGAUUACAGAAGAGGAGUUGCUGAGUCGCCUUCAGCAGAUCAAAGAUGGGCCAGAGCAGCAGAAUGCUAAUGAACGAAGUGAAGAGAGUGCUGGAGCAGAGGGGUCAGAGGAGGGUUCCAAUGGAGAUACUAUUCUGGACUGGUUGAACUCGGUAAGACGGACAGGAAACACAACCCGGAGUGGCCACAGGGGUAAUCAGUCAUGGAGAGCAGUGAGCCGAACCAACCCAAAUAGUGGUGACUUCCGUUUCAGCUUGGAAAUCAAUGUGAACCGCAACAUUACAGAGCAGCAGGCCAGGGCAGAGGGGGAGCCGCUUGAGGGGGAAACGGAGCCAGUACCUGGGACUGCUGUAGUGGAACAGCCAAUGGAAACGGUCGCAGCAGAAGUGGAGGAGCCUGCCAUCAUUGUCCAUCCUGAAGCAGAACCUCCUGAGUCUCCUCUGCUGAUCAGGCCACCCAUUGAGCAGCUUGAUUUGCCAGAUCCACAGAGCCCCCCUGUUGAGGAGGCAGUCCGGAGAGGUCAGCGAAGGGCCAGAAGCCGCAGUCCAGAGCAGCGGAGGACCAGAGCCCGGAACGAGAGGAGCCGCUCACCGUUGAACCACGACGGCGUGGAGGGCCCGCGGCGAGCCCGACGCAGCACAUCCUCUCAGAGUCCCCAUCACAUUUCAGAACCUCAAAUGGAAGGAAGCUCCAGAACUAGGCAGCACAUUCUUUCGAGACAGAGCACUGUGGAGUAUGAUGCCCAGCUGGACAGUGCUUCAGCAGAGCCCGUUAAUGCCCCCCAGGAAGUGGAGAACCCCUCGGAUGGGGGGGCUGGUGUUGAAACAAACUCCUCCAGCAGAAGACCCCCGACCAUCAUGCUGGACCUUCAGGUGCGGAGGGUGCGGCCAGGGGAGUACCGCCAGAGAGACAGCAUUGCAAGCCGGACCAGGUCUCGCUCCCAGACCUCUAACAACACUUUCUUAUAUGAGAGUGAACGAGGCGGGUUCCGUCGUACCUUCUCGAGAUCGGAAAGAGCAGGGGUGCGGACGUAUGUCAGCACAAUCCGCAUUCCCAUCCGGCGGAUAUCUGAUGCUGGACUUAGUGAGGCCACAUCCAUGGCCCUACAGACCAUGAUUCGGCAGAUAAUGACAGGGUUUGGCGAACUGAGUUAUUUUAUGGACAGUGACAGUGACUCGGACUCUAACCGGGGACCCAGCCAGUCCACGGAGCCCACAGAGCUACACAACACCACCAACUCUACCAACACCGUCAACUCCAGCCAGGAGAGCACGGAGCCACGGACCGCAGAGGAGCGUCAGGACGUUGCCAGCGAGAGUGCUUCAGUGCCGACAGUUGGUAGAGAAGGUCGUGCUGGCCGUAGCCCUAUCAGCCUCGAGGAGCCCGGAUCCCUGCCUUUUCUCCGACUGGCACACUUCUUCCUCCUCAAUGACGAUGAUGAUGAUCAGCCAAGGGGACUCACCAAAGAACAAAUUGACAACCUGUCGACCCGGAAUUUUGGGGAGAAUGACGCUCUGAAGACUUGCAGUGUUUGUAUCACGGAGUACGCGGAAGGGAACAAGCUGCGCAAGCUCCCCUGCUCUCAUGAAUAUCAUGUCCACUGCAUUGACCGUUGGCUUUCAGAAAACUCCACUUGUCCCAUCUGCCGGAGGGCAGUCCUUGUUUCCACUCGCGAGAGUGUGGUCUAACAGGGACAGGAGCUAAAGAAAUAAUGUAUGCCACCUUCAUUCCCAUGGCAUUUAAUACUAAAAUAAUACUAAAUAUUUCUCAUUCAGUACCUGGCCAUAUGAGGUUUUAGUUGUUUGACAUUGUUUCUACUUAAAAGGCAUUUGGCAUGUGUUAAAGUCACCAGUAUGGUUUUCUUUUUUAUUCUGGUAUUGAUAUCAGAUAUUGAUAAAGUACAUAUAUCAAUUUGGUAAACCUAAAAGGGACCAGCCUCAAACAGUCGUAGGAAAUGGCUUCUGUACAUGAAAAAUUAUAGAGGAAAUGUUUGCACCAAAUUUGGCCUCUGCCUAAAGAGACAAGAAGGUGAAGUAUAUUGGUGACUUUAUUUUUAACAUGCUUGCUUUCUGUAAUGAUUAUUGACCUUGUACAAGGGUAAGAAGGGUCUAUGGUAUCCAUUUAAAGGUUAAAUGCAUGGAUGCGCAUUUUGGAGAGAUCUGAAUAUUAAGGAUUCUGUCUGAUUUUUGUUUGAUGUUUUUAGAAGUUAAGCAAGUGUACCAGGUCCCUGGGAGGUCUUUUCAGUUUAAUGGACAGCCACAUACAGCAGCAUGUUUCAUUGACUGAAUUUAACUGACUGAGGAUAAGACUUGGAAGCACUUGUUCCAGGUUUGUGUGUGUUGAUGGGGGUGGGCUGGGGUCUGAUGUCAUGUCACUCUCUAGUAAUGCGGUGAUUAUUUGACAUCAGACUUCUCAGUGGCACUGUAUGAGCUUGUAUUAUUACAGUGGAGGGAAGUCACAGAAUAAAAGAUUCCUCUAAUGUGCAUCUGUACAUCUGACCAGUUAUGAGUGGUGUUUUUUAUCUUUCUUGGAAUGUCAGUGCAAUAGUUAGCUGUAGGGGAAAAAGUUAAAAGCAAAACGUAUAAACUUGUAUAUUUGUUCUUAAAAUAUAGUAGGGACCGCGAGUCUGCAUAAAUGAAGUUAUUCCCUUUCAAACUUGUAAAACUUUUCUAGAAGUUCUGUAUUUUUUCUUAAAGCACUGUUGUAGUAUUUCCAUUUGAACAUUUCCAUGGUUAGAAGAUGACAAUUUAAACUGUCCCUUUCAAGCUCACCUUUCAUGAUUUUUUUGCAAAUGGUCAUUCAGUAAAAAUUAAUUUAAUAUUACCAUUCCAAAAUAAUUAGCCUCAUUUGUUUAGAAAUAAGGCAGUUUCUAAAAUAGAAAUGCUUUUGUAAAUCUGUAUACUUGUUUAUCCGUGUAGGGUGGCUCAAUGGCCUUGUAAUAAGCAUCACAUCCGUCAAAACCAAAGGUCCACAUAUGUGACAGUUGCAUGAAGGAAAACUGGACACUGAACAAAUCUUUUUUAAAAAAUUCAGAAUACAAUAUUCAGGCAUUAGACUUCUAUGAGCAUAUAUUUCAAUCUAGAGCUUAUCCAAUCUAGAUGUGUUUCUUGUAUUAUUUAAGAAAUGGCUAGUAAACAUUGCACUUGAAUCCAUUUGAAUCAUAAUGAAAUGCAAGUAUAAUUGACAUGAAAUGUUUCAGAAUAACUUUGAACUAACACAUUUUUCAUAUAACGUGCACCCAGUAUGUGACCAACUUAAGUCUUGGAACCCAAGUUAGUGACUUACCAUCAAAACAUACUACUUCUAGUACAUCUAGUACUUACAAACUAGUGUUGUAUGUGGUUAUAACAUAUAACCAAACCAUGUUUAAUUAGAUACAUUUCCAUAAAUAUCUUUGUUCAGUAAUUGUAUAAAGAAUGGAAUUACAAAGAGGCUAGAAACAGUGCUGGUUGUAGAAAUCCAACUCAGUAGCCUUCCAGUCCUGCACUAGAUCAUUUUAAGACACCACUGGGGGUGGAUUAGUUAAUGGCAAAACAACUAUUUUUAGUAAAGUUCUUGCCGCUGAGUACUUUCUUCAGAAUUGUUUGACAUUUGACAUGAAGAAUUGAUGGUACAGUAAAAAGUCAUUUUGUACAAGCUGCAUAGCAAGAUCCAGUAUGCCUUGUGUGAAGACCUCUUGAUUCACUCAAACCACAAUUAAAAAAAACGUCUCAGACAGUCCACAAGGAGGAAAUCAUCAGGUUUGUGUGCCAAAACAAGACUGCAAUCAACAUGAUUUGGGGAAAAAUCACUGUCAGGUAUCCCUUUUGCUAAUGCAUCCACAUCCUGUUUAUCUUUUUUUCUCCUACAGCAGAUACACAUCCUGAACCUGUAUUGUAAUUUAGACUAUAGAUUUGUCUGUCUAUAGACCACAUUUGCUCAUAAAUAUUGGUGUAUAAUAAUG